UACUAAUUUAGCCCAUACAGCAGACGACCUCUCCUCGUUGUCCUCCUCCUCCUCCUCCUCCCAGAAAAUCCCCAAUCCCUCCUUCUCCUCAUCCCUCUCGCCGGAAACGCCCUCGAGAUGUACCACCCCACGAGAGGCGGCGUCCGCGGCGGCCGAGACCAAUUCAAAUGGGACGAUGUUAAGGUUGACAAGCAUCGGGAGAAUUACCUUGGUCACAGUGUUAAGGCUCCUGUUGGUAGAUGGCAGAAAGGGAAGGACCUAUUAUGGUAUACAAGAGACAAGAAAUCUGACUCGGAAGAUGCCAUGAAGGAAGAAAUCAGGAGAGUGAAGGAAGAGGAGGAACAGGCCAUGCGUGAGGCACUUGGCUUAGCUCCCAAGCGUAGCAGUCAACCUAAAGGCAAUCGUUUAGAUAAGCAUGAGUAUGCGGAGCUAAUAAAGAGAGGGUCAACUGCAGAGGAUAUGGGAGCAGGGCAUGCUGAAGCAGCACAAGUGCAAGGAUUAGGCUUAUACAAGGGUCCUCAGAAUGAGGAAGAACCGAGCUCUCCUAAUCUCGACGCCUCUGAAAUGAAGCCUGACCAGAUUGAAUUUUCCCCUCCACGGGCGACGAAGCAUGAAGAUUCCGAGGAUGAUGACAGGAAGGGGAAAAGGCGGCGCGGCGAGGAGAGGAGAGAGGAGAAAGGCAAGGAGCGGAGGCGGGGAGAGCACUCAGGAGGCAAGGAGAGGAGGCGAGAAAGGCACGAGAGUAACCGCGGUAGCUGGCAUGACCCGGAGGACAGGGAGAAGCGCCGCGGCAAGGACAAGCAGAAGAAGAGGAGGCAUGAUUCAGACUAAUAACAACAUUAGCAGCCUUGGGAAGCCAUCUGUAACGGUAUUAUAUCACCAAAAUGUGUACCUUUUCUUGUGAGUUUCAUGAUGGUGAUGCUACCUGUGCUGGAUGAUGUGAUGUUAAAAUGGGCCUGUGUUGUCCUACACUUUGCCCUUAUUUGAAUGGAAUCAUACAUGUGGCUUGUUUGCCUAAUUAUUGCCUGGCUUU